AUGGCAACAGCUAUAAUUAAGACAGCAGAAGACCAAAUUACCUGUUCAAUAUGUCUUGAAAUAUUCCAAGAACCAAAAGCAUUGCCGUGUCUACAUACAUUUUGUAAAAAAUGUAUCAAUAAAUACAUAAAAGAGAAAAUGUAUCAAAAUUGGAGAGAAAAUGGGUAUAAGUGUCCUGUGUGUCGACGGUUUGUUCCAGUGUCUGAACAAAUGAAUAGCAACCCAGAGUUAUGGGCAGAACAUCUUGAAAAUAACCACGUAGCUAGUUCAAUGAUUGAUGCGUACAAGACAACAAAAGAGCAUAUGGGAACAUGUUCUGAUCAUCCCAACAACAAAGCGGUAUAUUUUUGUAUUGAUCAUUCCCGGUACAUCUGUUCAUUUUGUUAUCCUCAGCACCAAGGUUGUUCCGACCUGAUCAAACAUGACGGGGCACGUAUAAAUGAUAUUACUGACAAGUUAAAUACUACCAGAAUAUUGGAACUGAAAAGAAUAAAACAAGAUAUGGAUUUACUUUCCGAGCAAUGGCAAUCGAUUGAAAACGUGAUCGACAAGAGGCGUUCUGCUCUACAGUUUCUUAAUGAAUCAGAGCAAAAUGUUCGGGACGAAGUAGUCUUAAUGAGGGAAAAGAUAGAUGAUUUGAUUAGGAGAAUAACUUCUUCAUAUCAAACAAGCACGCAAGGAACAGCAAAGCUUCAAGGACAAACAAUCCAACUUCCUUGUCAAGGGAAACCAUCGUGGAUAACAGGAAUCGCAACUAUAUCAUCGGGAAAGCUGCUUCUUGUUGACCAUACAAACGGGGCUGUGUUCGUAUUUGAUAACUUUCUGAUCUUUUUGUGUAAAACGAGCAUCAAUCCUGCACCCUAUGACGCGGUGGCAUUCACAUUCGCAGAUGACCAUGUGAUGCUAUCGAUUCCGGACAAACGAGAACUCUUAAAAUGUCACGUUCUGCAGGAUGGCUUUGUUGAAAUAGGCCCAAAACUAAAGACCAAUAUCGCAUGUAACGCGGUAACGUGUGAUGGAAGAUAUGUAGCUGUAUGCUCCUUUUCCGAAUUGCAAAUCUUUGAAACUGAUGGUAAAAUCUGGACGAUUGUUUUAGAUGAAUCUUACGAAUCUAACAAGUUCACUUACAUCACGAUGUCGUCAUCACAGAGGAAAGUUUUCAUAACGGACCAAACCUAUCGCGAACCACACAUAAGAUGUAUAGAUUUUGAUGGGGUUACCCUUUGGAAAGUCAGUGAUCGACUAAUCAGCGCCUGUAGUGGAAUUUGUGUCAAAGGUACACAGUUAAUGGUGACGUCAUGGGAUUUUGGGAAAAUGUUCACUUUGUCAUUGAAUGGAGAUGGCCUGAAAACAUACAACAAUAAUAACAUCAGUAACAACAACACUGUAAUGUUUCCUUGGAAACUUCACGUAUCUGAACAACAGAAGAUGAUCUGCGUUUCUCAGCACCAAAAUACUUUAUCUGAGGAAGACAGGCGAACAAUAAGAUUGUUCAAGGUAUCAUGA